AUGGAACUCUGCAGUGCAGAGCAGAGCAGCUCUGCGGUCCCCGCAGAUGUAGAUGGUUGGGAUCCAACCCUGGGAAAAUGGGCGAACUAUCAAGAAGAAAUUUUAAGUCUCAGCACGAGCAGGGAGGUGGAAGUGGGUAAUUUUCCCAAGGUUGUUGGACAAUUAAACACAAAACAUCUGGAGUUUGACUCGAAAUUUGCUAGUUAUUCUUGUUUAUCUCUACGCUCUGAGCGUUAUGUCCCCGCGGAAGAUUUUGAUGAUAGUAGACCCUCGUGA